CGUGUACGGGACCAUGAGCGACGAGUCAAUAACAUGUGAUAACGCUUGUCCCGCAUCCAGCACGUUCCUGGCAGAAACCGUAAAUCAGAAACCAUCUCAAGGAAGGAACACGUACCUCUACAUCCGCAUCGACUUCGUCAGGCAGAGGUGCAGCACCUACAAGCAUGGCUGAAGCAAGAAGAGCGACUACGAGGGAUUUGCAC